AUGGCAGCCACACCGCCGCCAGGCCAGCACCCCGGCACCUCGUCGUCGCAGGGCACGCAGAACGCGCACGGCACCCAGUACGCCGAGCUGCCCACCCAGCACCACGCGCCCCAGCAGACCGCCUUCGUCGCCGAGCUCCCGGGCAACUUCUACCACCCCCAGCCCUCGCCCGGCCAGCCUUCGCCUACAGCCAACGCCUUCCGCUGGUCGGGCCAGAACCCCAACCAGUCGGGCCCCGGCCAGGCGAGUCCCAGCCUGACGGCCUCCUCGCGCCCAACGUCCAUCUCCUCCGAGGCCAGCAGCGGCCAGAACACGGGCUACGCGUCCCCGGCCCUCGACCACAAGGGCUUUGCCUCUGAGCUGUCGACGCAUCCCGAGACGCAGGAGGAGCAUCGUCCGCCUCAGCAGCAGCAGCAGCAGCAGCAGCAGUAUUACCCUCCUGAUGUGCAAAAGUUCGACCCCGGGCAGCACCGCGUCACGGGCCCGCACGCCUAUCAGUAUAACCCUGCCGAUUAUGCGCCGCGGUGA